CGCCCAGCCACAGGCUUGUUUUUGCUUUCUCACCCCUCUGGACAACGCAAGAGCAUAUCCCGAAGGGUUGCAGUAGGCCAUGUCAGCCGGCUGGGCCGAAGAGGACAGAGGAGUGGAGCACUGUGGGAAAGAGUCGCACAGGGACGCGGCCAACGCCCGCGAAAGGGCUAGGAUGAGGGUGCUGAGCAAUGCCUUCUUCAGGCUGAAGACCACCCUGCCCUGGGUGCCCCCCGAUACCAAGCUGUCCAAGCUGGACACACUGCGGCUGGCCUCCAGCUACAUCUCGCAUCUCAGGCGACAGCUCCAAGACCACCCGCUGCAUGACAGCCCGCUGGAUGACGAAUUUGUCAAGUCCUCCAGUCUGACCUGGCCAUUUGGGACGACGGGACACUCUGAGGACGAGCACUCUCAUUCCAAGAGCACAAUGAGACUUUGUGGCGCAGCCUGAACACAGUACAGCCUGGCCAGAGCAUUUCAUGGUGACAUCACAGACAAAAGACAGGUGUAAAAGCCAAAGGGAGGGAAAAGAAGCUAAAUCGCUAGAGUGAGGUGACAAAUACAUCUUCCUGUUCUAUGGUUAGCAUCACAUCAUCAGCAGAACGUCCUUUCUAUGGUCAUAGACUGUCAGUCUCACGAGACUGUUAUUUUAAAUAAAACGUUUUUUGCUCCCUGG